GCCGUAUGCACCACUCCUGGCACUGACCAGUCACCGGACUCGCAAGAUCAUCAACACCCAUGUCGGUACUCUGCCUGACCUAUUUAUCUGCUGGUGGUGUCAACUCCGUUGCAGUUUGCCAGCUUGUUUGUUCUGGUACUCGUUCUUCACUGGUUCAGUAAACACCCUUGUCACUGAACGUCUGUACACAUUAAUCUGUGACUGGUGCGAUGUCAACGAGGACUCUAUUGUCUUGGGCAUAUGCUGUGGUACUGGUACGAUUGCCUUGGCACUGGCAAAGAAAGUAAAGAAAGUGAUUGGCGUGGAGAUGUGCGAACAAGCCGUGGCGCACGCCAAGCAUAAUGCAGGACUGAAUGAUCCGGAUGUGUGCCAGCUCAUUCGCAAGACCUCUGCCCUGAAACGUCUUGUCUGCGUCGCCUGCAACCUCAAGCAAUUCAAGGACAACUUGUAUUGUAACUCGCCGACUUCAAGACUGUGGGGGAGCCAACGGCAGCCGGCGCAACAGCUGACGCAACACAACAGCCAAAUCAAGCUGCAGCUCAGGCAGAGUAAGGCAACCGCGCUUCUGUGCACCAUUGGAGCAGCUCUGACUGGACGAUUGUCGCACUGCUUGAGCAUGCUGCAGAGGUAGUGCUGUUGAGCAGCUGACCGUCAAGGUCAUGUGCUAAACACGAUGGUGUUUCAGCAGCCAUUCUGAAGUGUGCAUUCAAUGGUGGUCAGGAUUACGUCCUAAGGCAGCCCCGAAGCUGCUCCUGUUCUUCCCUUUGAGCGUACCGUGAAUCCCCUUGGAGCGUACCGUCGUGAUGUGACAAAACUGAAUUAUUUGUCACACAACCCACAUCACAUUGUGGAUCGUACAGCUCUCUGAUAUUCAUUGUGCCCUUUUUUGUUGCCUUGAAUUGAUAGUUUUGGUGUGAUUAACUAUCAUUUUAGUUUCAGGUACACUUGAAACCUUCCGAUAUUUUCAUUGGCCGGAAUUUAAAUCCAUCCCAAGUGUUAUCAAUCACAAUCAAGGAGUAGUAAGCUUCUUCUUCUUUUA